CCAGAUGUUAGUUUGGCUUAUUCUGUAACUUCACUACUUCUGUAACUUCACUACUUCUUUCAUUCUAUCUCUGGAAGAGCAGUAUUUAUUACUGCGCCAUCUGAUCAUCACAGUUGGUGACAUUGGUGCGCAUCGUGCAUUCUUCCUUCACAACUUGAGCAAGGCCUAGACGAGGACGACCUAGCACCGCCAGACUCCCCAGUUCGGCUUCAGCAAUCAACCCUCCACAACGAUCAAUACUCCGGCCUCAUCCUUUCAUCCAAAGCUCUCUCACAUCUCAACGCCCCAUCAUCGCCAUGGCUCCUCUGACUCCCGCCGAACAGGAGAAUCACCAAGCGCUUCUCGAUCGCCUUGACAUUGCGGCAGUUCCCCGUCCGUUCCGCAAUCCGAAUUGGAAGCCAUCGCAGCGACGCAACAAGAACGUGAAGCAGCUUAUUUCUGAGAGCUCUAGGAAGGAGGCUUCCGUCAUGGCGACACAGUCCAAUUCUGGCGCAACCACCCCGCUCGCAGCUACGUCCGCCAGCACCGACGGCAGCCAAACCCCUGCCGAUGGCACACCCCGAACGAACAUCGCGCAGGCUGCGCAGAACCUCUCCACACUGGUGUUGGAAAAGAACGCACGAGCUGCAUUUACAUCUGGACCUGCCGUAACGUACACGAAUAUCGAAUCCGCGCCCUCGUUGCACCCGUCGCAGCAAACCCGCUACUGCGAUAUAACAGGCCUACCUGCGCCAUACACAGAUCCCAAGACCAGACUGAGGUACCACGAUAAGGAGAUCUUUGGUGUGAUCAGGACACUUGGUCAGGGAGUGCCGGAGAGCUAUUUGGAACUAAGGGCUGCCCAUGUUGUUCUUAAAUGAUGCGAUGAGUUUGCUACGGAAAUGUUUGUUUUAUUUGUAAGAUAUCAGGAUAGCAGCCUAAUCUAAUACGCGAUUUAUGUACGGCCAACACAGUCAAGCCCUUUCCACCCACCAUGCCCCUCUCGAGACAGGUUCAAAGAAAGCGCUCCGGCUUAUUCGUGACCUUAUAAAAGUUUAUCUUCGCCUUGUGCAAGUUGCACUCGACUAGUACCGAAGCUCCAGGAACCGAGCAUCAG